GAGCAAGAGCCGGUUGCGUCAGUUUCGAUAACCUCGCGUCGAAAAGAGCCGCAGCCUUGCCCGAAAAUCUCCAUUUGCAUUUUCGGCACUCUCGGUUCGCGCACUCGCGACACUUUUGUCUCUGUGCACGCACUCGCGCGAGGAGAAAGGAGGAGCCGCGUAUAAAGUUGGAGAGGAGUCGGGAUGACCGGUCAGUCGAGCGUCGAACUUGUCGUAGUUCAGCCGUGUGACAGAUUCCAGUGCGUCGGUAUACAACACGCUUAUACAAGCGUUACCUGCGCCAUCUUUUCGACUGAGGAGAUCGACGUUUAGAGUGCUGUCUUGUUCUCGUUAUUUUUUUUUGUCUGGAGAAGAAGAGGAUCGACCGUAUAUCAGCUAAGAUGAAUCUGAAGCUAUCGAUUUUUUGCUGCCUGCUCGGCGUGAUGACUGUCUUCGCAAACCAGGGCGGCUUCUACUUCCCAGACCAGAUCGACGCCAAGGCCGAGGCCAACAGUCAGGCCUGGUCAGACGGCUUCGGCAAUUCACAGGCCAACGCUAACAGCAACGCCGUUUCUUCGUCCAACGGCGGCGGCGGCUCGGGUUAUCCGAACUUUUACAAGCCCGACUACGCGCCGGGUCAUGGCAGCUUUGGCGGUCAUGGCGACUUUGGCGGAAGAUAUCCCAAUCAAGGAUACGGUCCCGACUAUGAAAACCUACCACCCUAUGACCCUCGACCAUCGGGCUACCCAUCGUUCGGCGGCAAUUCACAAUCCAACGCCAAUGCUCAGGCGAAUUCUCAAGGCUUCGGUGGUAACAGCAUAUCUAACGCCGUAGCUGGUAGUCAGUCGCUUGGUCCCAAUGGUGGAGCAAGUUCCUCUGCGGCUGCAGCUUCUGCGGGUACCAGCUUCGUCAAUGGCAUCCCCGUUGCUAGUGCUUCAGCCGCCGCUGCUGCUGCCGUCGCUAGCCCUCAUGGUGCCUCGUCCUCAGCAGUAUCCUCUUCAGCGACUGCAGGUGGUAACGGCGGUUUCCGAGGACAACAGUAUCCCGGUGGUCCUUUUGGCUUCAACCGGCCAGCGCCUUACCAGCAACCUUGGCUCUACAGGAGUGGUUUCGAUAAGGAAGAGUCCAAUGACUCCGAUGUCGUCGAAUCUGCGGCUGCAAGGAGCCGUGACUCUACGGACUCAAUCAUUUUUAAGGACUGAUAGAUCACUUAUAUAUGACUGUGUCGCGUAAUUGAUGAUGGAUGUCUGGCACACUUCACUGGGAUGCGAGAUGUGAGUGGUUGCGUAUUGUGUGUCCCUAGAAAUCGAUGAAUCAGUAUUAAGUAUUUAUUUUGUUUUUUAUACGAUACGAAUAAAUAGAAUUUAUAAAAAAAGAAA